UUCGCAAAAACGAUAAGGUGGUGAAAUACGACGACAUGAGCUGCAGCAGCACAUCAAGGUCAGUGCGGUGGCACUGAAGUGGAGUACUGCCUACAUUGAAAGUGUGUUUCGAAGAAAUUAAUCAAAAAACUUUUUAUGCCGAGCAUACUAUUUAUCCUGGCACUAAGCACAGUAAACGUGGUGUGCCACGCGAUUAGUUCAUUCAGGGAAAUUUCUUUCCUGACGUAAACCUUCAUCAUUGUUAUCAACGGCAGACUCAAAUUGAAAAACUCAGCCGAAUAGUUGGCAUAGAUGCGGCGAAUUACGUAAAAACAAGAAACUACUUGCAACGUGGACACUUGGUGCCCAAAGCCGAUCAAAUAUUCUGGGGACAAUAAAAAUCCACAUUUCAUUACAUAAAUGUGGCGCCGCAAUGGAAGUCAUUUAACACAGGGAAUUGAUUUCGCAUUGGAGGAUGCUGUUCGUGAGUUUGCGAAUAAUAAUGAGACGAUUCUGCUUUGUUGGACCUGUACCAGGGGUAUAUGCACUUUGCCAGACGUUAAUGGUGUAAAACGAAAGUUAUAUCUACAUAUUGAUAAGAACAACAAUAAUUCGAUACCAGUGCCAAAAAUCUUCUUUCGUAUUCUUAUCGAUUCAAAGUCGCGUAAAGGAAUCGUAAUUGUUGGCGUUAUUAAUCCUUACCUAACAAUUAAAGAUGUGAGAACCGGUGCGUAUGUGGUCGCAAAAGAUAUAUCGGACCAUAUUACUUGGAUUAACUGGGAUAGAGAUAAUAUACAGAAGGGUUACUGUUAUGCCUGUUCAGUGCCCGAUUUCUUGGCGGUUGCAAGAGAUUUGCCAGCGGAAAAAUUACACACUUCCGGAAUUUUGGGCUUAUAGAACUAAGAUGAACAAGUUUCUUUUUAAGCUUUUUAAUAUUUUUGUAAACAAAUAUUUAUUAACAAAGAUUUAUUUUAUGAAUGAAUAUGAAGGAAUAUAGUGAAUCAAUCUUAAGGAUUUUUCUUUUAUUCGUUUUAGAAGUAUUUAUGUAUGUAAAAAGUGACGCCAAACUCAAUGAACAUGGAUAGCAUGAUAUGAAACUCUUCUCAUUUGCUUGUUGAGAGAGUCCAUGAUCAGCUCUGAAUACCUAAUUUAGCUAUGUCGAGCCUGUGAAACCAGCUCCUAUCAACAAAUAAGGCAACGGUGAGAACGUCUUGGAAUACGCGAAGCAUUGUUCUGUAUACAAGUUCUGCUAUAAACUGGAAAGAUGUCCAAAAAUAUAAUAUAGAUGUUUAUGCUUUAUCGACAAUAAGAAAGCUUUCGGCAAUCAUUAGGCGUGAUAAAAGAUUCUUUAUAUUUUUAAGACUUAAAAAUAAAUUUAUUUAAAAAUUUCAUGAACACAAGACACAGUGAAGCUUUGAUAAGAAUGAACAGCGAUGUCGAGUUGCGAAAGACCAUAAAGAGAGGGAAAGUAGCUCAU